CGCUCGCCGUGAAACAAUUUAUUCCUGUCAGUCCAUCAGGUUGCUGCAAAGACUCGUCGUCUUCGUUAUCAGCUUUCAGCUGUGCUUAUCGAUCGUCUUCUUCGUGCGCGGUUUGUUUGUGUCCAAAAUUCUGCAGCUUGAAAGACUCAUCGGGAGGAAAAAAAACUGAAAAGUCACCAGCUAGAGGGCAAAAAAGUGCGUGCAAUAUUGCGGUGGUUAGCGUAAUAAGAUGUAGAAAUUGGUACCCCACUUUUCCGAGGGAAAAGCACCAGCAGCGUAGCAACAAGCCAGAAGAUAAACGACCAGAACAGACAAAAUUUACCAUGGAAUCGGAUUCCCACCGGAAGCAUCGGAACGGAGCCGAUGACUACGGGGACGGCAACGGCGAUCGGGAUUUCCUGGGGCUCUCGACGACCAUAGCCCUGCAGCGACUGCACGACGAUAUCGAGACGGUGCUGUGCGCCUACGAGGAGCGAUUCGCAAAGAAGAGGUGGCUGACCAAGUUAAAACCACCAUUCGCAGGAGGGCCGUUGAGUGUGCUCAGUUGGUUUUCCCUGCUGAGCACGGUGGCGGUUGUGGUUGCCUUCUUCCUGGUCGGAUACUACUUUUCGGCGGGUUUCAUUUCAAGCUUUCUACUCCUAACGGUGGUCGUCAUCGUUCGGGAAGACAUCCUCAAGCAAACGGAAAUGUUCCGCAAGGUCCGUAUGGUGCUGGAGGAAAUCAAGUGCGGCACCGAACUGUGUCGCGAUUGGACUCCCUCGAACUAUCCGCAUCUAUGCAGUCCGCUGUCCCCGUGCGUAACCCUUCAGUGGACCUAUCGCGAUGGAAAAAUAGUAAACCUCCCGUGGGCACUGCUGGUUCGAGGAGACUACAUCGUUAUGCGCCCUGGCCAGGUCUCACCGGGAACGUGCUCCGAGCUGUCCGGAAAGCGGACCUUCAAAUGUGGCGAAACCUACGGGCUGAGUCAGGAGAUGGAACCCCCGAAAAAGCCAACCGCUCGCGCCCCGAUGUCCGAUCUUACUUGCAUUGUGGAAGUUACGCCGUAUUUGGAAAAUCUACGCACCACGCUCGAUAACUUCCUGAACCGACCCACCACCAUCAUCGACCAGCAGCGUGACCUUCUGAUUAGCAAAUGCAUCCAACAGUGGGGCUUCCUGAUCGUCAUUUUCCUAACGCUGACCGUCGGCGCCCUCCGAUAUCUCGGCUACUAUCUGAACGGCAAACUACCCACCAACUGGAUGAAUGUCUUCCUGUUGAAUCCCUCGGCCGCACUACUCCCUGUUCUGCCGCUCAUGUUCCCGCUGCUAUGGAUAACCAUCAACCUGUGGGGGACGGCCCGGCUCGAGACGCUUCUGUCGAUUCCGCAGUCGGUGAUGCGAGCGGAAGCGCAGAAAUCCUUCCAGGAGGAUCUGGACACACCGACCGGGGACCUGGAUCUCGUGAAGCUUCCACGGCGGAUAAUCGCCUACUUCUGGUGGCAGCUGUUCCGCGGCCGCAGCGAACUGCUCAGCCGGAGUGCAAACGUGGUCCAGGUUCUGGGAACCAUUACGGCUUUGUGCUGCGUGGAUAAGAAGGGAAUUUUAUCGUGGCCAAACCCAACGGCCGAAAAGGUGUUCUUUCUGAGGGAGGCGUCCAACAGUGAAAACAACGGAUCCGACAAGUCGGAGCAGAGCAGUCUGAACUCGCAGUGCUGCCAGGAACACUACCACCCACUCUCGCAUAUAAUCGAGCUGAGUACCCAUAAGGAAGGCGUCGGUGCGGUCGCCGAAGUGCUGGACCUAACGCACGAUCAGCACAGCCCCUUCAAGCUGGAGUUCGACGAUCACGACUUCAAGAAUCACCUGACCUCGCUGAAACCGUUGGGGCUGGCGAUUCUGGUGAACACGUGCUGCCCCCACACGCAGGCCCACUACGCCAAGUUUUGCGGCCACGUGACGGCCGUCGCGAUGCUGGACAAGGACUUGGUCCCCGUGACCAAUCGGUAUGCGAUUGUAGAAUCGAGUUUGAAUAGCUUUAUGCAUGGCCGCUGUCUGUGUGAGUUGGCGCGCCAAAUCGGAUUCACCAAGCAAGCGCGGGACAUCUUCAGCUUGGAAGGCCAAAUCUCCAGCUAUCGUCAUCUGCAACCGGACGUGGUACGGAGGGAUAUCAAGUUCGCGCGGUCUCUCCAGCUGGCGGCCAAGGUUAAGGUUCCGUUUCCUCACUCGCUGUCGGUGGUGAUGCGAGAGAAUCCGGGUGGUUCGUUGCAGCUGUUGACGCAGGGAACGGCCGACAUCGUUUUGGACAGUUGCGACGACUACUGGGACGGGCAGGAUCUGCAUCCGUUGACGGAGAAAGAACGGAAGCGAGCUCAGGAUUUCUACCAGAGAAGUGCCCUGACGGCGUACUGCACUGCGUUCGCAUACAGGCCAUUGCGGCGCGGCAUAACGGGGGCCCUGUCGGGGGGAAUUGGUGGAGAUAUUGCUUAUUUGGAGUUGCCCCCGGAGACCAAGCAUCGGAGAGACCUUUUCAAUAGGGAGCAUUCGUUGGAGUAUGACAACGGAGGAGCUCCGCUAACGCAUCAUUCUAUCAGCACGGAUUCGCUGCUGUUCACUGAGAAUAGAGACGAGGAUAUCUCCGAUGCGGAAGGUUGCUUCGAAAUGCAGUGCCACCAGGUGUUCAUCGGGAUGAUCACGAUGCAGUAUCAAGCGCAAACCGAUAUCGUUCAGCUGAUCGAGCGAUUGGAAAGGGCUUGCAUCCGGUUUGUGCACUUUAGCAAAGAGAACGAAUUGCGAUCCAGAGUGUUUUCGGAAAAAAUGGGCCUGGAGUCCGGCUGGAAUUGCCACAUUUCCUUGCUGAGCGAUAGCGAGAGCACAGUGGCAUCUCCUACGAAGCAGUUUGAGUUCAGAAUUCAUCCGUCAGGCUCGAAUACCCACUCGCAGGUUGAGGAAGAGAACGAACUCAACAAACUGCUUCCAAAUUUAGAAAGUUCUAAGCCUCUGAGUUCGUCAGCCCCCGGUGCAAUAUCAAAUCCAGACACUAGUCUCCUGGAUCCGCAGCUUUGUAAUCAGAGCAAGAAUCCCUCCGUAGACUGUUCGCGGGAAAGUUUCGAAAUGCGAGACCUCCGACAACAGCGUCUACAUCGGGGGACGUCACAAGACUCGGCCAUGGAUUGUGCCGGACAUGACGAUAACUGCCGAUCAUUAAGCUGCUUGACAGAUAGCACCGAACAAAGCGCUCCGAUCAACUUCGACAUGUCCAAUCGCGCCAAGCUUCCCAGAGGCAUCGAAAACAUUCGGCCCCACCUGGAAAAUGUGGACAACGUUCCACUGCUUGUUUCAUUAUUCACGGAUUGCUCAGCCGAAGCUACCAGAGAGAUGCUCAAAAUAAUGCAGCAGUACGGUGAAAUCGUGGUAUGCCUUGGAUCUUCUGCGUCUAACUCGAAUUCUGAGAUCUUCCUACAAGGUGAUUGCUCAAUAGCAAUUGAACCCUUGUAUCCGCAAGUAUGUCAGGACUAUCCAGCGUAUGCGGAAUCCAACAUCUACAACAACAAAGCCAAACUGCAUCGUGUCGCACAAGGAAAACUUCUACUGCCGAGUCCCCAGAAGAUUGUUACCAUUUCGCCAAUCUACCUCAGUCGUAUGCUAAACUCAAUUUCCUGCUCGAUAGCAACCUGUCGAGAUGAUCCAAUUUCCAUCGUAGCUGUCAUCGAGCUUAGCCGUCGGUUCAUCCAAGGCCUCUGGAGCUGCAUCCAAUUUUGGGCUUGCUGUGCUGUAUCGCUUGCCGCAAUGAACACGAUCACCGCCAUCCUAUCGCUUCCACCGAUGGUCGUACCGCAUCACGUUCUCUACGUGAUGUGCUUCGCUGUGCCUCUGAUAUCCCUCUCCUUACUGCGGGUAGGAUCAGAUCCAGCCAUCAUGAAGCGGGCCACCGGCAAAAAGCAAACCUCCCUCGACUCCCGGUUGGUGCUCUUUGUGCUCUGGUGCUACGGCAUCAAGUUUUCGCUGGUUGUUCUGUUCCUGGUCAUAUCCUACUGCUCGUUCCUGUCGCACCCGAUCGAGAUCUUUUCCGAUGACGAAGACGACGUGGAUGGCAAUCUGUCCCAGGACCUCGCCGUCGCCCGCAGCUUCAUCCUGCUGGGCAUCAUCAUACACUUCGUAAUGAUCAGCAGUUCGUUCGUGCAUCGAGAUUAUACGUCCUUCAGGCGAAGUCCGCUCGGAAACCUCUGCUGGGUAUCGGCCAGUGCCGGGCUGCUUCUGUUCCACACCCUCACCAUCGUGGUUCAAAUCUGCACCGACGACUACUACUGGCAGGAGAUGGAUCGUGUUUGGCCGAUCGUACUGUUCCUGGUACUAACCGCGAGCAUCACACUGGCCCUGACCGAGUUCUUCAAAUGGGAAGAAAUCAAGGUCAACAAUCGGUACAUUAGGCGAGCACGUUUGGACUUUGGCACAAAACUUGGAAUGAACUCACCAUUCUAAACGAGCUUCGAAUCGAUCACCAACAAAACAACAAUCGAAAAGACUAUUUUAAAUAUCGUAUAUUUAGUAGAACUGUGUACUACAAUGGCGUACUUAAGCGGUUGUGUGUAUUUUGCGCAGUGAAUUAUACAUUGGAGAAUUGUGUUCUAUUUUAAAUGUACUACUGCUUGAAAACAUUUUUAAUGCAAAUAUCCAUCGGUUAUCCCCGCUACCGUAGGAUCAAUCUGAAGCGUGUUUUCGCGUGUGUGCUGCCCUUCACUAAGACAGAGAAAAAGACGUCAUAGAUAGUGAAAUUUUAUAAAGCUUUUGUUCGAAACAUUAAUUAUACGGCAGUGAUUUGUUAUGUAAGAAGUUGAUAGUCAAUAAACAGAUGAAUAUAUGA